UGCUGUUCAGCUUGUUCCACUAUGUCCGAGAAACGGAUAGAGCAGUGGGAGGUAGAGCGGUACUGGGAAAUCUUUUCCUCGCUCUCUAAUGGCCAACCCCGACUCAACAAUGCUCAAGCGGCUACGGUUCUAAGAAACAGCCGGUUGCGGGAUGAACAGCUGGAGAAGGUGUGGGACCUUGCUGAUGUUGACGGAGAUGGAGAGUUAGAUUUUGAAGAGUUUUGCGUUGCUAUGAGACUGAUUUUCGACCUUGUUAAUGGAGAAUUGUCUGAAGUUCCCCCCAGCCUACCAGAUUGGCUGGUUCCCGAGUCAAAAGCACAUCUUGUUCAAGCUACGCAGGCAUUAUCCGGUCGCGAGCCGCAGUUUGAGAGGGUUGAAGAAGAUGACGACACCCCGGGUUUGAAAGAUGGAUUUGACUGGUACAUGAGCCCAAGUGACAAGGGAAAAUAUGAAGAGAUAUACUCCGCAAACAAGAAUCAUCGUGGCGAGUUAGCAUUCUCUUCUCUCCAAGACCUUUACGACUCUCUCUCCGUUCCAGACACCGAUAUCCGCUCCGCUUGGAAUCUAGUUAAUCCAUCUGCUUCCUCAACAAUAAACAAAGAUGCCGCUCUCGCAUUCCUCCAUAUCCUUAAUAACAGACACGAAGGCUACCGCAUUCCGCGCACUAUCCCCGCCUCGCUUCGUUCCUCAUUUGAGUCAAACAAAAUCGAUUACCAACUCGACAAUGUCCGUACGGCUGAGCGUUGGGGUGUUGAUAAUGAUACAAAUACUAGUACUGGCCGCAAAGCGAAAUUUGGAGAUGCGUACCUCAGUCGACUUGGUAUCGGCGGAAGAACAAGUUAUAAACCACAAGGGACGGAUUUUAGCAAUACAAUCCAAGACGAAGAAUGGGAGAAAGUUCGACUGCGACGGGAACUUGCGGAGCUAGAGAAGAAACUCGCUGCUGCCAAUACAGCCGCUGAGGAUAGGAAAAAUGGUCGGACGGUCGCUGGCGGGCCCAACUGGGCGCUUAUUAAGAAAGAAGCUUUGCAGAUGCUGGAAUAUAAAGAGCGUGAACUGCGCGAGUUGAGAGAAGGUACCGGCAGGGUGAAAGAAGGUGAGAAUCUCGAGCGGUUGAGAGAAGAUGUCAACACGGUUGGAGAGCAGGUCGAAGGGUUAAGGGUGCAUUUGGCCAAGCGAAAUGAAGUUCUAGCAGACUUACGCAGGCAGAUUGAAGAAGAGAAACGGAACAGAUAACACUCACAGGCCGCUAUCAUCAUUUCGUUCUACUGUUAAUAUGAUUUUAUGUUGGGCUCAUGAACCUUGUUUGACAAACUGUUGUCUUCAGCCAGCGGUGAUAUUUUGCCCUGUUCACCUUUUUUUUUGGGGGGUUGGUUUAACAUUUUCGUUGGGCAUUGGGGUUAGGAAGAAGCCCCUGACAAGUUUGUACAUUUAUAUACAGAA